AUGGCUGAUACUACGGUCUUUCGCGCUACCACCACCGCCCCCGUCAACAUUGCGGUCAUCAAGUACUGGGGAAAAAGAGAUCCUUCUCUGAAUUUGCCUACUAACUCAUCUCUCUCCGUGACCCUAUCCCAACGCUCUCUGCGCACCCUCACCACCGCCUCGUGCGCGGCUCAGUACCCCUCCCAGGAUGAGUUAAUCCUGAACGGCAAACCCCAGGAGAUCCAGUCCUCGAAGCGCACCCUCGCCUGCCUUUCGAACCUGCGCGCUCUCCGCAAAGCCCUUGAAGAUGCGAACCCCUCCUUGCCCAAGCUGUCCACUCUUCCUCUCCGCAUCGUCUCCGAGAACAACUUCCCCACGGCCGCUGGCCUCGCCAGCUCCGCCGCCGGUUUUGCCGCCCUCGUUCGUGCCGUCGCAGACCUCUACCAGCUCCCCGAUUCGCCGCGGGAUCUCAGCCGUAUCGCUCGUCAGGGAUCUGGCUCGGCUUGUCGGUCGUUGAUGGGCGGAUAUGUGGCCUGGCGCGCGGGAAGCCUCGAUGACGGAAGUGAUAGUCUGGCCGAGGAGGUCGCUCCCGCAUCCCACUGGCCAGAGAUGCGUGCGAUCAUCCUGGUCGUCAGCGCCGAAAAGAAGGACGUCCCCAGUACCGAAGGCAUGCAGACCACCGUCGCUACCUCCAACCUGUUCGCGACCCGCGCAACAUCCGUGGUCCCCGAGCGCAUGGCUGCCAUUGAGACCGCAAUCCAGAACCGUGACUUCCCCGCCUUCGCGGAGAUCACCAUGCGGGACUCUAAUGGCUUCCAUGCCACCUGCCUGGACUCCUGGCCCCCGAUCUUCUACAUGAACGACGUGUCCCGCGCUGCGGUUCGCCUCGUGCAUGAUAUCAACCGUGCCGCUGGCCGCACCGUCGCCGCAUACACUUUCGAUGCUGGCCCAAAUGCUGUCAUCUACUAUCUCGAGAAGGACAACGACCUCGUGGCGGGUACGGUUAAGGCUAUCCUGGGUCCCAACACAGAGGGCUGGGAUGGUCCCUUCUAUGAGCCUCUGAAGAACACCACCGCUCCCGGAGUUCCUCUCGAUAACGUGGAUUCCCGCGCGCUGGCUGUACUCAAGGAUGGUGUGAGCCGCGUGAUUCUGACUGGUGUCGGGGAGGGCCCGAUCAGCGUCAACGACCACCUUGUUAAUGAGAAGGGUGAAAUUAUCUCUCAGUGA